UUGAUUUACCAAGAAAGAGCAAAAUACUACAGCACAUUACAAGCUACUCUUGUCAAAUGACGAUAUUGCCCUCGUAACUCCGGUACCUAUAUAAGCACCCACACUGCCACACAAAGUCACACUAUCGCCACAGCAGUUCUCUCCUCCCUUGAUCCUGAAGAAGAAGAGGCCGUAGCUUGCACGAGGAAGGAGAUGGAGGCGAAGAGGUCGAGGCCGGCCGCCCUGUGCAUGCUCCUCCUCCUGGUGCUGCUGCCCGGCGAGGUGGCCGCCAAGUCCAAGUUCUGCAAGUGCUUCGACGACUGCUUCCCCGGGUGCACGAACGACAACGUGCCGCGCUUCCUCUGCAAAGUGUUCUGCGCCAACAAGUGCAGCCCCAACCAGGCCGCCGUCAGUGGCGACGCCAUGUGCAGGAUGGCCUGCAACAAGCUGGACAUCAAAAUCUGCGGCUGGUCAGCGGCGCCGGCCGAUGCAGCUGAUGCGGCCGUCUGCGUGGAGAACUGCAACAAGAAAUGGAGCCAGAAUUAA